UGGCCAACCUCAUAAUGUAAUCCUUAAUUCCCUGUCUUUAUUCUGUUUAAAACCCCAAUCCCUCCAAAGCUUAGGAAAACACACACAUAAACAAACUCAUUUUUCACCUACAUAUUUGGCACACUAAGAAACACACAAUAAUGUCUUAUCAUAAUGGUAUGCAACAAAGUAACAACGUUGUUGAAGAACAUGAAACUCUGACAUACCAAACCUACCCGUGUGGAUACUAUGUCCAAAGCCCCUCCACACUGUCCCAUGCCAACAGUGUAGACAUAAGAAGCAACAUCCAAAACGACGCCGAAUCAACUUUUCACUCCCCGAAUCAAUCUGAGACCCAUCCGACAAAUUCGAACCGCAUAGCCCUUUGCCGCUACUCCUCUUCUCGAGGCUCUAACCAUUCUUUCUUGCACCACAAGAAAAUCUCAUAUGACGGUACUGUCACUGAGAAUGACGAUGAUCACCAUCUGGUGAUCGUCGAUGACAGUGGCAGUGUCGUUAGUGAUGAGGAAGAGAAAGGGUUGUUUGAUGAGUAUUAUUGUGAGAAAAAUGAAGGAGGGUGGAAGAGGUACUUUUCUUACCAUAACACUGAUUCAUAUGCUUGGAUUUGGUUGCAAGUGAGUUGGAGAAUUAUGGUGAGUUUUGGAUUUGCAUUGCUUGUGUUCUACAUUGCUACAAAACCCCCUCCUCCCAAAUUCUCCCUUGAGAUUGCAAGGAUUCCAGAAUUUAAACUAGGGGAAGGAGUGGAUAGAACUGGAGUGACAACAAAGAUUCUGACAUGCAAUUGCUCCAUGAAUUUAAUCGUAGAGAAUAAAUCAAGAUUCUUUGGUCUUCAUAUUCGUCCUCCAAUGAUGGAUAUGAAAUUUUCCAUCUUACCCUUUGCAUUUUCAAAUGGUCCUGAGCUCUAUGCAGAAAGUGGAUUAACAAUCUUUACGUUACAAUUAGGGGUAAAGAAUAAAGCCAUGUAUGGUGCUGGAAGAAGCAUGGAGGAUAUGCUAGAUUCUGGAAGAGGAUUACCAAUAGUAAUACAAGUAAUCUUAAGUUCAAGUUUUGAAAUGGUGCCAAAACUUGUUAAGCCUAAGUUCCAUCACCAAGUUGAAUGUAUAGUGGUUCUUAAGAAGGCUUACAAUAAGAAACAUCGAUCUCAAGCAUUUAAUAGUACUUGUAAAGUAACUUCUUGAGUAAAUGUGACUUUGAUGUACUCUAGUCUUUUGAUUGGUUCCAACGGUUUCUUAACUUCCAAGGAA